CCUAAAAUUAUCCAUAUUUUAUAAAACAUUUGCAGAAUGCGUCACAUACCGCUCGCGUACAUAAAUUCGAGUGUAUGAAUGUGUGUGUGCGCCUCAUAUCACCGCUUCUACUAUCAAUUGGCUUGACUUCACAAUACGAUUUGUAUGCUAGAAUUUUUAGUUGUAAAUAGCAUGAGAUGCCGACAAAAUGUAUGACGAACGUACAAAAAUGUGUUUCAAUAUUUCUUCAUCCACUGUUUAUUUAUUUAUUAAUGAAUUUUCGAUAAGAUUUUUUAUAAACCGAAAAAGGCGAAUAAUGAAAAACCAUCAUCAAUAUAAUUAAUUUAAAGUAUAUAUACAGCAGAAAAUAAUUUUACAUUACUCAUGCGCUUAUCAAUUACUUCAGUUUACUGUUAAACAUACAAUUGGGAAGUUGUUUGGAUGUUUUAAAGGAAAAGUGCCGAAAAGCAAAAUGCCGGAUAGAUUUAAAGUAAGCAAAGCAAAAGAAGAUGCAAAUAUAUAUCAGGAAGAUGAAGCGCAAUCGGACAAGUUACUUAAUGACACAAAUUACUUAGAUGCUGAAAGCCAAAAAAAUCAUGAAAACAACGAUAAAUCGAAAAUUGAUCCUAAUUUAUAUUUAUAUGAGGAUGAGUUAGAAACAAGACCGCAUAUAUCUAAAUUUAUUUCAUCUUUAGCUAACUAUGAAAAUACGAUACCUGCGGCGGCGGAUCCAGAUGCUAAAACACCAGCACCAUCAGCUCGUAUGGGCACGCUGAUUGGUGUAUUUUUACCGUGUAUACAAAAUAUAUUUGGUGUAAUACUUUUUAUCCGUUUAACAUGGGUUGUAGGAACUGCCGGAGCUGUAUGUGGAUUUCUGAUCGUGUUGACCUGUUGUUGUGUUACAAUGUUGACUGCAAUUUCCAUGUCUGCCAUAGCGACAAAUGGUGUGGUGCCGGCGGGAGGGAGUUAUUUUAUGAUUUCAAGAUCUCUUGGUCCAGAAUUUGGUGGAGCUGUUGGAAUGCUAUUCUAUACAGGGACAACAUUAGCCGCAGCUAUGUAUAUCGUAGGUGCUGUAGAAAUUGUUCUGACAUAUAUGGCACCGUGGGCUUCCAUAUUUGGAGACUUCACAAAAGACGCAGAAGCUAUGUAUAAUAACUUUAGAGUUUAUGGCACCAUUUUGCUUUUGUUUAUGGGCUUAAUUGUAUUCUUGGGUGUGCGCUUUGUAAAUAAAUUUGCAGCAGUAGCACUGGCUUGUGUAAUACUGUCAAUUGUGGCUGUUUACGUCGGUAUAUUUGAUAAUAUACAUGGUAAUGAAAAACUUUAUUUAUGUGUUCUUGGUAAAAGGCUGCUGAAGGAUAUACCAAUAGAAAAUUGCACCAAAGAUGAUUCAUUCCUCUAUGAUAUGUUCUGCCCUAAAGAUAAAUGCGACGAAUAUUAUUUAAAUAAUAAUGUUACACAAGUAAAGGGUAUUAAAGGACUCGCAAGUGGAGUGUUCUAUGAUAACCUAAUGCCUUCAUUUCUUGAAAAAGGACAAUUCAUUUCAUAUGGCAGAAACCUAGCUGAUAUAGAAAAUAUGGCGCCUUCGACUUAUAACCAAGUAAUGGCUGAUAUAACAACUUCAUUCACAUUACUUAUUGGUAUAUUCUUUCCUUCAGUAACUGGUAUUAUGGCUGGAUCAAAUAGAUCUGGAGACUUAGCAGAUGCACAAAAGAGUAUACCCAUUGGUACAAUAUGCGCAAUUUUAACAACAAGUACUGUUUACUUAUCGUGCGUUUUGCUCUUUGCUGGAACUGUCGACAAUUUGCUAUUACGAGACAAAUUUGGGCAAUCAAUUGGUGGUAAAUUGGUCGUAGCAAAUAUGGCAUGGCCAAAUCAAUGGGUAAUAUUGAUUGGUUCUUUUCUUUCAACCCUUGGAGCCGGUUUACAAAGUUUAACAGGUGCACCACGUUUACUACAAGCAAUUGCAAGAGAUCAAAUUAUACCAUUUUUGGCACCAUUUGCAAAGUCUUCAAAGAGGGGAGAACCUACUCGUGCCCUGCUCUUAACAAUAGUUAUUUGUCAAUGUGGAAUUCUAUUGGGAAAUGUUGAUUUACUUGCACCCUUAUUGUCCAUGUUCUUCUUAAUGUGCUAUGGAUUCGUAAAUUUAGCUUGUGCAGUUCAAACUCUACUUCGAACACCAAAUUGGAGACCACGUUUCAAAUUUUACCAUUGGUCACUCUCUUUAAUAGGGCUUACACUUUGCAUAUCAGUUAUGUUCAUGACAUCAUGGUACUUUGCAUUAAUUGCUAUGGGAAUGGCCAUAAUAAUAUACAAAUAUAUUGAGUACAGAGGUGCUGAGAAAGAAUGGGGUGAUGGCAUUAGAGGUAUGGCAUUAACAGCAGCACGUUACUCAUUACUACGAUUGGAAGAAGGUCCUCCACAUACAAAGAACUGGCGACCACAAAUUUUAGUACUUUCUAAGUUAAAUGAUAACUUUUUGCCAAAAUAUAGAAAAAUUUUUGCCUUUGCUACUCAGCUAAAAGCUGGAAAAGGUUUAACAAUAUGUGUUUCCGUUAUACAAGGGGAUCACAACAAAAUUAAUUCCAAGGCUGUUGAAGCUAAAGCUGCAUUACGCAAACUAAUGGACGAUGAGAGGGUUAAAGGAUUUUGUGAUGUCAUGGUUGCAAAAGAAAUAAGCGAAGGUUUGAGUUCAGUGAUUCAAACUAUAGGCUUAGGUGGAAUGAAACCAAAUACAGUUAUAGUUGGUUGGCCCUAUAGUUGGCGCCAGGAAGGUAAACAAAGUUGGAAAACUUUCAUUCAAACUGUUCGUACUGUAGGUGCUUGUCAUAUGGCCUUACUCGUACCAAAGGGAAUUAAUUUCUUCCCUGAGUCCAAUCAUAAGAUUGGUGGUAAUAUAGAUAUAUGGUGGAUUGUACAUGAUGGAGGGCUUCUUAUGCUAUUGCCAUUCUUAUUGAAACAGCAUAGAACAUGGAGAAACUGCAAGCUACGAAUAUUUACAGUUGCACAAAUGGAAGAUAACUCAAUACAAAUGAAAAAGGAUUUGAAAACAUUCCUUUAUCAUUUGCGAAUUGAAGCUGAUGUGGAGGUUGUAGAAAUGAUGAAUAGUGAUAUAUCAGCCUACACAUAUGAAAGAACUUUAAUGAUGGAACAAAGAACUCAAAUGUUACGAGAAUUACGUUUAAAUAAAAUAGAAAAAGCUAAAAUCGUACAGACUUUAGUGGAUUUUAAGGAAACCAACGGGGAGGAUAAGUUACCUUUGGUUCAAACAAUUGUUGAUCACCACCAUGAUUCUUCAAAAACUACGUCUACGAAAGUUAGAUUUGCUGACCCUACAACAGUAAAUACAAAUGAUUGUGAUGGGGAUAAUGCAUCGAAUAAUAUUGAAAAUGAAAACGAUCUUAAAGAAGCAAAUGAGAAUAGUCAAACUGAAACAGAAAUUUCAGAACCAAAGAAGACACCACCUAGCAAUUCACAAGCAGUUUUAAUGCCAGACGAAUUCAAUGUACGCCGAAUGCAUACUGCUGUAAAAUUAAAUGAAGUUAUUGUAAAUAAAUCACAAGACGCUCAACUGGUAAUUAUGAAUUUACCAGGACCACCAAGAAAUAUUAAAACAGACCGUGAAAGCAAUUAUAUGGAGUUCUUAGAAGUAUUAACAGAAGGCCUUGAAAAGGUGCUAAUGGUAAGAGGAGGAGGUCGUGAAGUAAUAACUAUUUAUUCUUAAAAAAUCUUUAACAUAAUAAAGAUUAUGAUGGUAUUAACAUAAUAGGCAACUUCUCAAUUCAAUCAUUUUUUAAUUAUUUUAUUUUCAAUCAAAAGUUUAAUGAUUCAUUUACAAAUAUACUUUGUACGAAAGUGUUAAUAAAUUUGUUAUAGUGAAAACUA